AUGUCCUAUGCACCCUAUGGAAUGGCCUAUGCUGGGCCAAUGACCCCGAUGACGACACCGCCCAUGCAAUACCCUCCGACCAUGCAAAACUACCCCUACCCCUAUGUUCCGCAGCCCAUGCCCAUGCAAAUGAUGCCCAUGGCCUACCCCCCUAAUGCAUGGUCGUACAACACUCCGCGCAAGCGCAGCACGCCCGACUUUAACAUGUCGCAGGCAUCAUCCCACGCACGGACAGACGCAGACGGGGCAGAAAGUGCGCAGUCCUCUCCCCCCCGGCCCCACGUCCUGCACGAAGCCGUCGAGCUAGCCGAAGCAUGGCUGCGCUCGCUGCCUGAGCGGCCGGUGGGUGUCCCGAUUGCGCGCGACGAAAUGCGGGGCCGGCUGGACACGACGCUGCCCGAUCAGGGCGCCGACCCCGCAACGGUCCUGCGCCGCCUCGCCGCCGAAAUGGAGCCGGGCCUGGUCGCAAUGGGCGGGCCCAGGUACUUCGGCUUUGUCACUGGAGGGACGCUGCCUGUGGCCCUAGCUGCAGACUGGCUCACGUCGACGUACGACCAGAAUGCGGCGGUGUCGGUCAUGUCGCCUGCGUCUGCCGCCGUGGACAACAUUGCUGGCGAGUGGGUGCUGCAGCUCCUGGGCCUGCCGUCCGGGGCGUCGGUGGCAUUCGUGACGGGCGGCCAGAUGGCCAACUUUUCGUGCCUCGCCGCGGCACGGCAUGCGCUGCUCGCCGGCGAGGGCUGGGACGUCGAGGCCGACGGACUGGCAGGAGCGCCGGUUCCGACGGUGCUGAUCGGCGAGCGUGCGCACGCCACGGUCGUCCAGGCGCUGCGCCUGCUUGGGUUCGGCUCCCAGCGCGCACGGCGCAUCACUAGUGACGACCAGGGGCGGAUGCGCCCCGAGGCUCUAGAAGCGGCGCUCGCCGAGAUCCAGGGCCCCGUGCUCGUCUGUGCCCAGGCCGGCGAGGUGAACACUGGGUCGAUCGACCCCCUCCCUGCGAUCACCGACUUAGUCCGUGCGCGCGACCGGGCGUGGCUGCACGUCGACGGCGCGUUUGGGCUAUGGGCCGCGGCCAGUCCAGCGCACCGCAACUUGGUGGCUGGCAUCGAGCGGGCCGACUCGUGGGCGAUCGACGGCCACAAGUGGCUCAAUGUGCCAUACGACUGCGGCAUUGCUGUCGUCCGCAACCCCGCGGACACGAUGGCGGCCAUGACUGCCAGCGCUUCAUACCUGUCUGUGGACGCGCGCGACCCGUCGGCGGUCACGCCCGAGGCGUCGCGGCGCGCGCGCGCGCUGCCAGUGUACGCGGUGCUCCGCACGCUCGGCCGGCGCGGCAUGGCCGAUCUGGUCGACCGGUGCUGUGCCUUGGCGCGCAUGGCCGCCAACGAGCUCGCGGAGUGCCCCCAGGUGCAGGUGCUCAACGAGGUCGUGCUCAACCAGGUCCUCUUUCGCGUACACGGCGCCGAGACCACUGCCGUCCUCGAGCGUGUCCAACGCAGCGGAAUCUGCUGGGUGGGCAGCACGCUUUGGUCUGACCAGCCUGCGGUGCGCUUUUCCGUGUCGAACUGGUCGACGACGCCCGAGGACAUCCGCUGCUCUGUCGCGGCCAUCAUUGCAGCGAUCACGGGGCAGUAG